UAUAUUAGGCCGCGUGACAUAGAAAGUGUUAUGCAAGAAAAUAGUCGGAACAUAGGAUAUCACUUUGAAAUGAACAUCAGUGGAAGUCCAUUAGCCAGUGAAAUGUCGAACAUUUACAACAAUUCUGUAGUUCAUUUUUGGCAGCACAUAUUUCAUGAUGUGGCAGAUCCUAGAACAAGAGACUGGUUCUUAAUGUCUUCUCCAGUUCCUGGUGCUAGUAUUAUGUUUGGCUACCUUUAUUUUGUUCUUUCAUGGGGUCCUCGUCAUAUGGAGCAUCGAAAACCUUAUAAGCUUAAAAACACACUCGUUAUCUACAAUUUUUUUCAAGUUGUUCUCAGUAUUUGGCUCUUUUGGGAAGGUCUUGAUGCUGCUUGGUUGAAAAAAUACAGUUGGAAAUGUGAACCUGUUGAUUACUCUAAUACUCCUGAAGCAUUAAGGGUUGCUAGAGGAGUUUAUAUGUAUUUCCUAGCUAAAAUAUCAGAACUUCUUGACACAGUUUUUUUCGUUUUGAGAAAAAAAGAACGACAAAUUACGUUCUUACAUAUGUACCAUCACACUGUGAUGCCAUUAAUAUCAUGGGGAGCGACUAAAUAUUACCCCGGUGGACACGGAACGUUUAUUGGUGUUAUCAAUAGUUUCGUUCAUAUUAUAAUGUACACAUAUUAUUUAUUGGCUGCUCUGUUGCCGCAAUAUCAACAAUAUUUAUGGUGGAAAAAAUAUAUCACAACAUUGCAAAUGGGUCAAUUCUGUCUCGCCUUCGUGCACAGCUUACAAUUACUCAUCUAUGACUGUGAAUAUCCAAGAUGGUCUCUUCUUCUUAUCUUGCCUAAUGUUACAUUCUUCUACCUUCUUUUCUUCGAUUUUUACAAAAAAGCUUAUGUACCACAAGAUAAGAAAAAAGAUGAUAAUCUGAAUGUCACGGACAACGGCAAUUCGUGGAAAAAUAAUAAAGAAAAUGGUAAAGAAAAUACUCGAAAAGUAGUUGAUGGCAAUGCAUCAAAUGGAAAACUUAAACAAGGGUGA